GAAUGUGCCCAGCUGGACGGGGCAGGAGAGUCUGGCCGAAAGCGACCCCGAGAUGUGGACCCUGGUCCAGAAAGAGAAGGAUCGGCAGUGCCGGGGUCUGGAGCUCAUUGCCUCUGAGAAUUUCUGUAGCCGGGCAGCACUGGAAGCCCUGGGCUCCUGCCUCAACAACAAGUACUCGGAGGGAUACCCUGGCAAGAGGUACUAUGGGGGGGCUGAGGUGGUGGACCAGAUAGAGUUGCUGUGUGAGCAGCGGGCUCUGGAGGCGUUUGACCUGGAUCCUGCCCGCUGGGGUGUCAACGUUCAGCCCUACUCAGGGUCUCCAGCCAACUUUGCAGCCUACACAGCCCUGCUGCAGCCCCACGACCGCCUGAUGGGGCUGGACCUGCCCGAUGGGGGCCACCUCACACAUGGGUACAUGUCAGACGUCAAGAGAAUCUCAGCAACAUCCAUCUUCUUCGAGUCGAUGCCCUACAAACUUGACCCAGCCACAGGGCUGAUUGAUUAUGACCAGCUGGAGGUGACAGCACGGCUCUUCCGUCCUCGUCUGGUCAUUGCUGGCACCAGUGCCUAUGCCCGCCUCAUUGACUAUGCUCGCAUGAAGAAGGUGUGCGAGGAGGUGAAGGCAUACCUGCUGGCAGACAUGGCGCACAUCAGCGGGCUGGUGGCAGCCAAGGCCAUCCCUUCACCCUUCGAGCAUGCGGACCUGGUCACCAGUACCACGCAUAAGACCCUGCGUGGUGCCAGGUCAGGACUGAUCUUCUACCGCAAGGGUGUGCGCUCAGUGGAUAAGAAGACGGGCAAGGAAACGCUCUACGACCUGGAGGACAGGAUCAACUUUGCUGUCUUCCCCUCCCUGCAGGGGGGCCCCCACAACCACGCCAUUGCUGCUGUGGCCGUGGCCCUCAAACAGGCCAGCUCGCCAGCUUUCCGCCAGUACUGCCAGCAGGUGCUGAAGAAUGCCAAAGCCAUGGCACAGGCGCUGCUUCAGCGUGGGUACACCCUGGUGUCAGGUGGCACCGACAACCACCUGGUGCUGGUGGACCUGCGGCCCAAGGGCAUGGAUGGCGCGCGGGCUGAGCGGGUGCUGGAGCUUGUUUCCAUCACUGCCAACAAGAACACGUGCCCAGGGGACAAGAGCGCGCUCACGCCAGGGGGGCUGCGCCUGGGUGCCCCCGCGCUGACCUCCCGCCAUUUCCAUGAGGAAGAUUUCCAGAAAGUCGUGGCUUUCAUUGACGAGGGCAUCGCACUGGCUCUGGACGUCAAGAGCAAAACCAGCAAGCUCCAGGAGUUCAAGACCUUCUUGCUGCAGGACGCGGAGACGCAGCGCCGCUUGGCUGACCUGCGCCAGCGCGUGGAGACCUUUGCUCGUGCCUUCCCCAUGCCUGGCUUCAGUGACCACUGA